AUGGCGGGACACGGCCUCUUCUUCUUCAUUCCCGGCAACCCAGGCCUCGUCGAUUACUACACCGACUUCUUUGAUGCGCUGAAGGCCCGCAUCGGCUGGGCCGACGGACGCAUUCACGUUCACGGCCGCGAUCUCUUUGGGUUUAGAGAUGACAGCCAUGAGCCGUUCAGCAAAGAUAGCCCACCAUACGACGUGGAACAUCAGAUUGAGCUUGUUUUUAACCAUUUGGCGUCGUUGCGCCGGACAGACUCUUCGCGCAAUGCGCCGGGCAGAAAGGGAGAGCCGUAUGACUUUGUCAUCAUCGCAGGCCACUCUGUCGGCAGCUACAUUGCUCUGGAGAUUUUCCACCGGCACCUCAAGGAUCCCUCGCGUGCGCCGCAUUUGAAGCUCCUCACGGGCAUGCUGCUCUUUCCAACGGUCACGCACAUUUCCCAGUCUCCGAGCGGCAAGCAGAUGGAACUCAUCCGCACGACACCGCUUCUUAACAAUACGGCACACGUCGUCGCCCAAAAGUUCCUCAACCUUUGGCCGGCGGUGGCGCUGCGGUGGUUUGUUAGCAAUGUACUAGGCUUCGGUCCCAAAGCAGCAGACGUCACGACCAGUUUCUUGAAGAGUCGCGAUGGAGUGUGGCAAGCGAUUCACAUGGGCAAAGAUGAGAUGAAGGUUAUCACGGAGGAGAAGUGGGAUAAGGAACUCUGGGAAGUCGAGGAGGACGAUGUCGGGAAUGGCAAGUGGACAGCUCCAAGAUUCUUCUUCUUCUUUGGGAAAAAGGACCAUUGGGUUGGAGAUCACUUCCGGGACCAUUUCAUCAGAGCCCGAGAGAAGCAUAUUGAGAAUGGUUGGGCAAGGGUUGAAAUUGAUGAGACCGGACUUCCUCAUGCCUUUUGUACGACGGAAAAGAACAGUGAGAUCAUCGCCGCAAAGGUCGCGGAAUGGUUGAAAGAGGUCUGUGAUGGCUUCAAGUUGGCCCAGCCGGCAGCAUGA